UUCUGAACAUACACACACCUCCGUGGAUUUAAGUAGUACGGAAGACCCCAAAACAACCAUAAUAGCACACGUGAGCGGGCUAUGCAUUCACCAGGCAGAUAAUUUGUCCGUUUUCAAUCAAAACCGCCUGUGCCGAGACACACUGGGACGCACUUUUUUGAAAACUUAUUGCAAAAAGCUCCCGCUGCACAAAAAGAAAAAAAAAAAAAAAAAAAAAAAAAAAAAAAGGGAGCAACUUCGGGGUGAUCGUAUUGGAUUAGAUGCAUGUCACUGGUUCCCUGCUGUCUAUAGGCUGAGGCACGGAGCGGCGCACAUCCGAGAGAGGGGAUAUAACGGAAUAAACCAAGGAAAAAAACAAGAAAACACUGAGAAAAAAGUUGCAUUUCCCGGCGGUCGCGCAUCGUCAUGACGAGGUACAACUUCUUAUUGUGCUUGAUGGUGCUCAUCUCCCUGGGACAGUCGGGGAGCGAUGAGCCCAAUUUGCUGGUGCCUCCUACCAGCGAGACGCCCACGGACGCCGGGCUGUCUCUGCUGGACGAGGACGCCGGUUCCCACGAGUGCUCCGCCUGCGUUUGGAGGGAGCAGAGCAAAGUACUGAGGCUGGAGACCAUCAAGUCCCAGAUCCUGAGCAAGCUGCGGCUGAAGCAGGCGCCCAAUAUCAGCCGGGAGGUGGUCAAUCAGCUGCUCCCCAAAGCGCCCCCGCUCCAGCAGCUCCUGGACCACCACGACUUCCAGGGAGACGCGUCGUCCCAGGAUGAGUUUAUGGAGGAGGAUGAGUACCACGCCACCACGGAGUCGGUGAUCACUAUGGCCUCUGAGCCUGAGCCCCUGGUGCAGGUAAACGGGAAGCCCAGCUGUUGCUUCUUCAAGUUCAGCCCCAAACUGAUGUUCACCAAGGUGCUGAAGGCCCAGCUGUGGGUCUACCUGCGGCCGCUCCAGCAGACCUCCACCGUCUACCUGCAGAUCCUGCGGCUGAAGCCCGUCACGGAGCAGGGCAGCCGCCACAUCCGCAUCCGCUCCCUGAAGAUCGAGCUCAACUCGCGGGUCGGCCUCUGGCAGAGCAUUGACUUUAAACACGUGUUGCAGAACUGGUUCAAACAGCCCCACACCAACUGGGGAAUCGACAUCAACGCCUUUGAUGAGAGCGGCAAUGACCUGGCAGUUACCUCGCUGCGACCCGGGGAGGAGGGGCUGCAGCCGUUCCUGGAAGUGAAGGUUCUUGAGACGACCAAACGUUCUCGGAGAAACCUGGGCCUGGACUGCGACGAGCACUCCACCGAGUCCCGCUGCUGCCGCUACCCGCUGACCGUGGACUUCGAGGCGUUCGGCUGGGACUGGAUCAUUGCGCCCAAGCGCUACAAAGCCAACUACUGCUCCGGCCAGUGCGAGUACAUGUUCAUGCAGAAGUACCCGCACACGCACCUGGUGCAGCACGCCAACCCCCGGGGCUCCGCCGGACCCUGCUGUACCCCGACCAAGAUGUCCCCCAUUAACAUGCUCUACUUCAAUGACAAGCAGCAGAUCAUCCACGGGAAGAUCCCGGGGAUGGUGGUGGAUCGAUGUGGGUGCUCUUAGGCGGCGCGAGGAGACGCACACUUUGUGUACAGCCCACAUCAAACCAUCCGAACCCCCGACGGAGCGCUCCUCUUGCACCAGAACCCAAUCCUCUGCACCAGAUUUCACCUUUGCUCAGCCACAAAAAAACACCACCACUGGGUUUACAUUUUUCCAGUAUUUGAAUUGAUUCUAA